AUGGCGUUAAGUCGUAAUAUAAUAUUUUUAAUCAAUAUUCUUUGUAUUUUACUUGCCAUAGCUGCAUUUCUUACACAAUUUUUUGCUGUUGUUACUCAUCAUUGGAAAUAUCAACGAACACAAUUAAAACCAUUAUUAUCCACACAACAGCGUAUACGAGAUGAUUCUCGUCUUGAUCAAAGAUAUGGACUUUUUUCACGUAAUGUUCAAUUAUAUUCAAAUAAUGAUCAACAAAUGGAUGUAUGGACAUCAACCAAAUUUCCAUUAACAAAUGAUCAGACAGCAUUAGAACAAUGCUAUUCAAAUACUCCAAGCCUUCGUGGAGUAUUUUUAACUUGUAGCGAGAAUAUUCAAUCGGGACCAUCUUGUCAUUGUGCACGAUAUGAUUAUUGGAAUGCAUUUAUUUCUUUUGAAAUUAUUGCACUUAUUCUACUAGGUUUAGUUGUUUUAAUUAGUGCCUUAUUAACCACACAUUUUCAAGAAAAGUUAAAACCAAUUGGCAUAGGACUAUCAUUAUUGGCAUUUCUAUUUAUUCUCAUUGGUCUAAUACUAUUAGGUACACAUUUAAAACGUGAACUAGAACAUUUAGGUCAUUCAUUACCAGUAAUUAAACAACGUUUAUUAAAUAAAAUUGGUACUCGAACAACAGAAGGAAGACAAAGAGAUUAUUCAGCAGAUAAUUAUCAAGAAGGUGAAUCAAUUUUACGUCGUGCUAUCAAACGACAAACAGACUAUUAUCGAACUCAACUUCAGUCACCAUAUAAUGAAACACAUUAUUAUCAAUUUUCUGAGAAACAUGGAACAUAUAUAUUGUAUCCUUACUUAUCGUCAUCAUCUCAACAACAAUAUUCAUAUCAACAACCAAUAAAUUAUGGACAAAAUCAAUCAUCAUACGGACGACAAUCUGCUGUAAUACCACCGUAUACUGAUUAUACUAAUAGAGAUUUACAAGCAAUAAAUAGAAAAGAAAUAUUUCGUAAUAGUAGAGCAUGGAUCGGAUGGUCAGCAAUACUCUCAAUUAUAUCAUUAAUAUUAUCAUUAUUAUAUCCACUUUUAUUAGCAGUAUCAUGGUUAAUGGGAGGUGGAAAAAAAGAAAAAAAAGAAAAGAAAGAAAAUACAAAAAUUCUUAGAGUUGAAAGAAAAACAACACACGAAUAUACACCUGUUUCAACAGUACCUAUUGUUGAACCUCAAAGAGCAGCACGAUAUAUACCUGUUGAUUAUGAUUCAAGACGUCCUAUGAUAGAAGAACAACAACAACAUCGACAAUCACCUCAUGAUACAUCUUAUCGUGGUGCACCACGUGAUACUCGACAAUUUGUUCGAGAUAUACCCUUUAGAGAUGAUCAACGUCCACUACCCGAACACUAUCAAUCACAACGUCAAUAUUCUCCACAUCAUGCUCAUCGUCAACAUCGUCAUGAUGUUGAUCGUCAAUUACCCGUUAAUAUUGACGUUUCAUCACAUUCAUAUCAUACAUAG